AUGAGGAUCCCAGCCGUUCUCGUCAUCUUCGUCGGCUUCCUCUCCAUUGGCGCUUCCUUCAUCCUGCAGCUGCUCGUAGCGCUCGGCCUGCCUUAUAUCAAGGGCAUCUACUUCCUCUACAUCCGUUUCGCCGACCAGAACAACUCUUCCACCAUCCUCCGCGUCACGUUCGGCGUGUGGUCGCAAUGCUUCAAGCAGGGUACCCUCUCGGAGUGCUCGCCCACCGGCUUGGGCUACCAGCAGACGUUUAACGGCGUCCAGAACGCCAUCAGCCUGUUUUUCGUCAACAAGCUGCCCUACGCGCUCGUUCUGCAGCCCAUUGCCGCUGGCUUCACUGGUCUUGCCGCCGGUGCUGCGUUCCUGCACCUCUGCACCAACACGUUCCUCUGGCCGCUCUCAGCGCUCUGGGCUUCGUUCCUCACCAUGGCCGCGCUCGUCAUCGAGCUAGUUCUCUUCAUCCUCGCACGCAACAAAGCGAGAAGCUUCCAGAGCACCAGCCAACUUACGCCCGUGGGCAGCGAGCUGGGACCUGCCAUCUGGAUGCAGGUGGCUUCGCUGCCUCCCGUCUUCUUUGGGUUUAUGAUGCUCGCUCUCGGAUGGUACCUCAAGCGCUCUCGCAGCGAAGACCACUACUACGAUGAUUACGAGCCUGCCCGCCCCGUCUACGCACCGAACGACUACCCGGAGAAGGACCCUUACUACCCGCCACCGCAGCAGCGUCCCAUCAGCCGUGCCAGCCGCAGGUCGCGCUACGACGACUACUAUGAGCCCGAUGACUCGCGCGUCUACGGCAACGUCGGUCGCCGUGACUCGCGACGCAGCAACCGUGCCGCUCCUGCUAUCGAUGACUACGAUCGCUACGAUAACCGCAGGAGCUUCGAUGACCGCGGUGCUCGACGAAGCGGUUAUGGAGCGGACCGACGCAGUUACGACUAUGGCGGUGAGCCGUACGGCAGCAGGACGUCGCUUGCGCCAGCACCUGCGCCCUACCGUGGCGGUCGAUCGCGCCGUUACAGCGAGCGUGGUGCCUACUAA